CCCUGCAAAAAUCACAGUUCCCCAACAGGCGACGCUGAGUGAAGUUGAGUGCAGAGUUUCGUAGAGAGAGAAAGCCAUGACUAACACGGAUCUGAAAGCCCUGGAGCUGCUGUUCCAGCGACCACUGGAACCGGUAUUCACCACCCGUGACUCCGGAAAAACGGUGCUGGAACUGCCCGACUCCUUCUACACGGAUCGCUAUCGCAAUGACACCGAGGAGGUGGGCAAUCGAUUCUCCAAGGACGUGGAUCUGAAGAUCCCCAUUCAGGAGCUGGCCAACGUGCCCAGUCUGGACUUUACCAAAAAGGUUGGUCUCAAGGAUCAAUUUUCUCUGUUCAACAAUCUCCAUCGGGGCAUCGCCAGUGAGCUGGUCACCCUCUUCAUGGGCGCUCCCAAUCUCCGGCAAUUUGUGUCGCUUUGCGUUUACACCAAGGAUCGUGUGAAUCCGGUGUUGUUCCAGUACGCCUAUGCCGUAGCCGUGGCCCAUCGCCAGGAUACGCGUGAAGUGCCCAUUACCAACAUCUCGCAGGUCUUUCCCAGCAACUUUGUGGAACCCUCCGCCUUCAGGGAUGCGCGCCAGGAGGCUUCUGUAAUUGGGGAGAGCGGCGCACGUGUCAAUGUGGACAUUCCGCAGAACUACACGGCCUCGGAUCGCGAGGAUGAGCAGCGUUUGGCGUACUUCCGUGAGGACAUCGGGGUGAACAGCCACCACUGGCACUGGCACUUGGUCUAUCCCGGCACCGGACCCCUAGAGGUGGUCAACAAGGAUCGUCGUGGCGAGCUCUUCUACUACAUGCACCAUCAGAUCCUGGCGCGCUACAAUGUGGAGCGCUUCUGCAACAAUCUGAAGAAGGUGCAGCCGCUAAACAAUCUGCGCGCGGAGAUACCCGAGGGCUACUUCCCAAAGAUCCUGUCUAGCACAAACAAUCGCACCUAUCCCGCCCGAGUGACCAACCAAAAGCUGAGGGACGUGGAUCGCCAGGAUGGGCGUGUGGAGAUCUCCGAUGUGGAGCGCUGGCGCGAUCGCGUCCUGGCCGCCAUUGAUCAAGGAUACGUUGAAGAUACCUCUGGCAAUCGUACGCCUUUGGACGCUGUUCGUGGCAUAGAUAUUCUUGGCAACAUGAUUGAGGCCAUUCCAAGUCUAUCUAUCAACUAUAAUUUCUAUGGCAAUCUGCACAACGAGGGGCACAACUUAAUCUCCUUUGCCCACGAUCCCGAUAACCGUCACCUGGAGGACUUUGGUGUGAUGGGCGAUGUGACCACAGCCAUGAGGGAUCCCGUCUUCUACAGGUGGCACGGGUUCAUUGACUCGGUGUUCAACAAGUUCAAAACCCGCUUGGAUCCAUACAAUGCGGGGGAGCUGAACUUCGAUGGCGUUACUGUGGACUACAUUGAGGCCAAGAUUGGCAAGUCCAAUACCACGGCCAACACCCUGUUGACCUACUGGCAGAAGUCGAGUGCCGAUUUGGCAGCUGGCCUGGACUUUGGUCCAUCGGCCGAUGGCAACAUCUUCGCCUCGUUCACCCAUCUCCAGAACGCGCCCUUCACCUACACCUUCAAUGUGACCAAUGCUGGAGCUAGACGGACGGGCACUUGCCGCAUCUUCAUCUGCCCCAAGGUGGAUGAGCGUAAUCAGCCACUGAGUCUGGAGGAGCAGCGACUGAUGGCCAUCGAAAUGGACAAGUUCACAGUGGAUUUGGUGCCGGGUGAGAACACUAUACGCCGCCAGUCGACAGAGUCCUCGGUGGCCAUUCCCUUCGAGCGCUCAUUCCGCCCGGUUGGAGCGGACUAUCAGCCCAAGGCCGCCGAUGAGCUGGCACGCUUCAAGUUCUGCGGAUGUGGGUGGCCACAGCAUCUCCUGCUGCCCAAGGGCAAUGCCCAGGGAAUGCUCUUCGACCUGUUCGUCAUGAUUUCCGAUUACUCGCUGGACGCCGUUGAGCAGCCGAAAACACCCAAUGAUGCCUGCAGCACGGCUUACUCGUUCUGUGGUCUGAAGGACAAAUUGUAUCCUGACAGACGCACCAUGGGCUAUCCGUUCGAUAGGCGUCUGCCCAAUGCCAACCUCGCCCAGUUGGUCGCCGCCUUUGGCAACAUGGCCAAGACCGAUUUGAGGAUUGUCUUUAAUGAUCGCGUGAUUGACAAGGCCUAGAUGAUUGCAGUCACAAUCAGCAGCUCUUAUUUGUGCAUCCAU